AUGCGUCGAAGGCUGCCAGGCAAGCCCAAGCUGCAGAGUGAGAGAGGUGGCGGCCGAACUGCUUUGUGUGGGCUUGCAGCCCUUCUGCUUCUCACCGGCCAGUGCUGCAGCUUCUUCCUUCCGUCGCCUGACAACGCGACGGCGCGGCGAGCAGUGGCCACCGAGGCCGCCACAGCCACCAGUGAGGUGGCAGAGUGGCGGAGACCUCCUGGAGCCCCGAAGCCUGAGCAGCGUUGGGGCUUGUGGCCUGCCCUGCCGAUUGCUCCGUACGAGCGCCGAGUAACACUGCGAUACGAGGUCAUCCCAGGUGAGCUGUGGACCUUCGAGCAAAAGCAGGGCAUCCUGUACAUCCACGUUCCGAUUCGGAUGACAGUAUAUCGCAUGCAGACACGACCCGGGCUUUUCGUCUACGCCCCUGUGGCACCCACAGAGGAGUGUGUCCGAUUACUCAGGGAGUUGGAGGAGCAGUAUGGAGAAGUCGCAUACAUCGUUCUUCCCACUGUGGCGGUCGAGCACAAGUACUUUGUAGGGCCUUUCUCUCAGGCAUUUUCAAAAGCAGAGGUCUGGGUUUGUCCUGGGCAGUUCUCUGUGCCGCUGCAGCUUCCCUUGCCGCUUCUCGGCUUCCCCUGGGAUGCAUAUGUCAGUUUCCCUCGAGGCUCGGACCUGCCAGACGACUGGCAGAAGGUUGAUGCGCAGUUUGCUCUUGCUGUGGCGCUUGGCAUUGUGGUCGCAUUGUGGUCAGUGCCGAGCACUGUGACUAAGGCUUUCUACAUCCGCAGGCUCCGGACCAUGCUGGUUACAGACUUGGUGGUCUCCGUGCCUGCGGAGCCUCCCGAGAUAGUUGCCGAGGAGCCGAGAGCCCUGGCCUUCCACGCGCGCGACGAUGCUACGCAGCCGCUGGAGGCAUCAGACGAGGCAUUGCUUCGUGGCUGGCGACGAAUGGCUCUGUUUGCACUCUUUUUCCAAUCAUCUGCGAUCGAGCCCGAGCCUGUGUCCAAAGCUGUUGAGGAUGCGCUGAACUCCCCUGCGAAGGAUUUGGGCUGGGGAGGCCUACUGCCAUGGAGCUUUCGGGAGGACUGGAAGAAGUCCUUCGAUGCUCUUCGGGGACCCUUCGGGAGCGGGGGUCUGGUGGUGGCACCGAUCCUGUCGGAACUGAUCCUGAAUCGCUACUUGUCCUCGGAUGUCUGGCCUUUCGUGGAAGACAUCGUCAGCUCGUGGGAUUUCGAUCGUGUGAUCCCUGCGCACUUCGAGGCUCCGGUACCUGCGUCUCCCCAGGACUUCCGCAACGCCUUCCGCCGAUCUUUCGGCGAGCCAAAGGCUUCGGGGCCAUUUGACUCCGUGGCCAGUUUCCUUGGCCCUCCGCCUGGUCCUCAAGCCCUACAGGCCGACCUCGCGUACCUGCGAAACAUCAGCAAGUCACUGGUCGCUGCAGGCGUCACGGAUCCUCCAGAGAUUUGA